AUGAUUGUUUCGGACACAUUCUCUCUCACGUCUAAGGUGGCCAUUGUGACUGGGUCCGGCCGCGAGAAUGGCAUCGGUGCGGCCAUAGCACGCGCCCUCGCCCGCAAUGGCAGUGCACUAGCCAUCCAUCACGUCUCCGAAGCGUCAGCUUCACGAGCUCAAGCUGUCGCCCAAGGAAUCGUAAGCGAAGGCGGGCAAGCUUGCGUUGUACAGGCGGAUAUUACAUCUCCCGCUGGGGCAAAGAAGCUUGUGGCGGAGACGAUGCGAGCGUUUGGCGUUGACAAGGUCGACAUCCUGGUCAACAAUGCUGGAAUAUGUGUUGGCGGCGACCUUUUAGACGCUACGCCUGAGCAGAUGCUCGCCGAGUUCAACCUCAACACGUUUGCCCCCUUGUACAUGGUGCAAGCCGUUGUAAAAGAAGGCCGGAUGCCGAGAGGUGGGCGCAUCAUCAAUAUCGGUACUGUGGCCUCGAAGCUUGGGCACCGCGGAGUAGCUGGCUAUGGCGCCAGCAAGGCUGCGGAGGACAGCAUGACUGAGGCACUGGCUGGCGAACUUGGACGUUCGCACGGCAUUACGGUCAACACUGUGGCCCCGGGUCCGAUUCUCACUGAUAUCGUGAUCGAUGCGAGAAAGAAGCUUGGUACGGAUCCCACGAAGCCACUUCGAUCGAUUGCGAGAGGAUCAGAAGAGAUUGGCCAGCCUGAGGACGUCGCACGAAUGGUUUUGUGGCUGGCGACGGAGAAUUCGAGCUGGAUCACCGCUCAAUACAUAUCCUGUAGCGCCGGGAUCAAUGGGACUUCUUGA